AGCAAAUAUACGAACUAUAGUCAUGGCAUUAAAUAUUCUUCUUCUUUCAGGAGUUGUUGUGAUUCUUAGAUAUGUUGUGAUUAGUAGUUUCCUAGAAUGUUUAAUUUCUGGAAAAGCUUCAUCAGCUUACCAGUAUGAAGGGGCAGCAAAUGUUGUUGGCAGAGGACCAAGAAUAUGGCAUAAUUCCACACAUAAUUAUCCAGGACAACUGCACUACUACACAGAUUCGUUCCCUGCUUUUUCAAGUCAAUCAUUACUGAAUCACUUGGGACCACAAUCAACGAAUUUUCAGAAUGUUGUGGGAGAUAUUCAGAUUUCAUCGAAGGUUUCUAGUGGCAACGCAUUUUGGAGACUAGUUGGCCUUGUGUCAAGUGUAUUUGGCCUAUUGUGUUAUGCUCAGAGCCCUUCUUUCAAUCGUUUAAUUGGAAGAUGGAACAUUGUCAAGUUCUCUCUGUAUGGAGUGUUUUCCUUGGCUAUCUUUACCACCAUAUUGUUUGUAAAGCAGUUCUCACCAUCCACAAAAUAUGCUCAACUAAAAACUUACAUAAGCUUUGCAGUUUUGAUGAUCAUCUCAGUGUACUCAUUCUAUUACGACAAGGCUGUGAACGGUAAACCUGAAAUAUUGAGCCUAGUUUCGAAUGCUGCAUUUGCUUUGAUGUCUUUAAGCUUGUCAAAACUGAUCAAGUUUGGAUUUGAAAUAGGCAUAUUUGCUUAUUUCCUAGGUUGCCUUGUGGUUCAACUGUGGACCAUCAAUUGGAUGCUGAUUUUGGUUGCUAUAAUCUUUGGUUGUCCACUCUUUGUUAUGCAUUCGUCUUCACAUUCCCAAGAUGAGGUCGACACGGAUCAAAUUAUUGAUGAAUCUUCAGGUUCUGAUCCAGAGGUUGGUAAUGUAGGUCAACCAGAUGUUGAUGUUGGCAACGAAAUUAGUCAAGUUAUUAUUGAGUCAUAUCCAGAUUGCCAAAAAGAGGUAUCUAGUGAAGGUCAAGAUAUUCACUGUUCUUCAGAUUCCAUAACAGAGGUUGCUAGUGAUGGAGGUGAUCUACAUGUAGACAUUAUACAUGAAACAAAUUCUAUAAGUGUUGUAGCAUUGUAAGGGAUUGUUUAAUCCAUAUAUAUAUGGACAAUGGAAAUAACAAGACUGGUAUUUGGGCAUAAUUUAACAGGGUAAAAUACACAUUUUUGUGUUCGAAUUCGAGGAGAAAGAAAUAAUUAAUAUAAAAUUGGAAACCA